AUGUUUGCCGGUACCCGCGGGGCCCGGCACCGCUGCCCGCACUCCCGCCCAACUCCGCGCACGCCACGGCGGUCCCGGCCGCCUCCCCGCAUCCGCAUCCGUCCCUUCAGAAAUUGGAUCAAGGUCUCCAAAGUGGCUGUGCUUUGUGACACUUCCGUUGGAAGGGUCUCCCAAGUUCUGUUAAAGCAUGUUCUGCUGCAGGGUGAAUAUUUUGAUCAGUCACAUGUGGCUCUACCAAAUAUUUCAAAGUUCUUCCUGCAUCAAGCUCUGGAAGAGAGAAAAGCCGCAGAGGAGUUGAUGAAAUAUCAGCAAGAAAGAGGAGGCCAUUACUGCUCUAAAACCAUCCAGAAACCAAACUGUGACUAUGCAGUCGGUCUGAUGAAAGCCCUGGAGCUAGCAAUGGUGCAAUGGAAAACUAUGCUACGAUAUUUUGAAGAGCUUUACGCCCUGAGUGUUGAAAAUGCAGACCCUCAUAGCGCAAGCACUAUCAAGAAACAAUUUAUUGGGCCCAAAAUCCGGAAGAUCAAGCUGAUGGGAGAUCUGCUGACCAAUGCUCGCAGGCUUGACUGUUCCCAGGAUGGCAGAAAUAGUCUUGGGGAUUACUUUAUGGACCGGCUGCAGAAAGAGUUCAGGAUCAGCAUAGAGCCAGAGUCUAGUGAUCACUGCAGCCCCUGCCCGCCUCUGCAGCAGUGCACAGGAGCUGCAGAAGGUCUGAAGCGACCCCAGAGAGAGUGCUCCCAGCACAGAAAUGGCAUAGGGCCAAUAUAUGCAACCAUACACUGCACCACGAUGCUGCCCCAGGGUAACGAUGGCACGGGAGCAAAGGUGAAGCAGGGCAGGGAGGGCCUUUAACGCUGAGGCUGCUGCAGCUCCUCAGGCAGACCUGUCCCGAGGGUGGAGCUGGGACCACAACUCAGGAGACACAAUGUUCUAUCACUCCUCCUGCUUUACACCCUGUCCCCUCAUCCUCUGCUGAGUCACAGCUCAAAAUCUAGCCUUAUUACUAUUUGCUUUAAAUGACAGCAAGGUUGCCAGCUAGAUUUAUCUAUGCAAUUCUUCCUAGAAGCCAAAAGUUCUUAAGCUUCCUCUUUAUCUUAAAUCAUUAAUACGAUUAGUUAGUGCAA